CGAGUGGAGAACGGUGACUUCAACUGGAUUGUUCCGGGAAAAUUUUUGGCGUUUAGUGGACCACACCCAAAAAGCAAACUUGAAAAUGGUUAUCCUCUUCAUGCACCUGAAGCCUACUUUCCCUAUUUCAAGAAACAUAACGUCACAUCAAUCAUAAGACUAAACAAAAAAAUUUAUGAGGCAAAACGUUUUACUGAUGCUGGUUUUGAGCAUUAUGACCUGUUCUUCAUAGAUGGAAGCACACCAAGUGACAGUAUAGUUCAGAGGUUCCUGAACAUCUGUGAAAAUGCUGACGGUGCUAUUGCUGUACAUUGUAAAGCUGGCCUGGGGAGAACAGGAACACUAAUUGCCUGUUACAUAAUGAAACACUACAAGUUCACACAUGCUGAAGCCAUUGCUUGGAUAAGAAUAUGUCGACCAGGCUCUAUUAUAGGACCCCAGCAACACUUCUUGGAAGAGAAGCAAGCAAUGUUGUGGCUGGAGGGAGAUCUCAUCCGAUCAAAGCAAAAACAAUGCCUAGUUGAUGGAAACAUUAACAGAGUUCUUUGUGGCUUGAGUGACAUUUCAAUCAGUGACAGCUUGAAUAAAGUACAAGACUUGGAUCAAUACAGGGAGAAUGAUUUUGAAGACAAAGCAGGUGUGGAAACUCAAAAUGGCAUGACACAGGGAGAUAAGCUUAAUGCCUUAAAAAGUCGGAGACGGCAAUGUUCUGCUACAACUGGAGCUCUGAGGCUGCAAGACAUGAAACUGCACACCAGGUCAAAAUCACAACCUUUCAGACUGAAUACUUCAGGUAGCACAGAUGGAUCCAUGUCUCCUCUGAAGGCCUCCAAAGUGAUGGCAGUUAAUUCUCCAUCUGCAGAAAGAAUAAGCAGAAUGUCCCCAUCCUCAGGCUCUAACCUUAAAAGCGUUUCCAUAAACUCCAGACUAGCGAGUUCUCUAGGGAACCUGUAUGCUGCUUCAGAUGAUGAUGAGAGCAAAAUGACAUCAUCGUCCUCUAGGACAGGUUUUUCUGUAAGCCAAAUCUCCAGCCAGUUGAAUGGCAGCUUGCAGCUGCCUCACAGAAAUAACCAUGAACUGAACAACAACUUAUACAACAGAAACGGCAGUAGUGGCAACAACCUGAGCAGCCAAACCAGUUUACACAGCACCGUGACAGAUGAUUUGCAUCAGCCUUCCUUUAUGGGCCUUACAACUCCUCCAGCACGAUACCAGAGUCAAUCAAUUCCUUCCCUUCAGUCUGAGUAUGUUCAGUACUAA